CUUGAAUUUAGUCCCAUGCCGUAGCUCUCCUGCCUCACGCACUCUUCGCCGCAUCUUAUUUUGGAAAUUUUACCAGAUUUCGAAAAAUAUUGACCUUCGACAUGGCCGACAACUGGGAGGAUGAAGGGACCGGAAUGGUGGCAGAGCCCCACCAAUCAAUCUCCUACGCUCCAGCACCAGCGGAGCUUCCGGAAAUUAAACUUUUCAAUAAAUGGUCGUGUGACGAUGUCCAAGUGUCGGACAUGUCCCUCCAGGAUUACAUUGCCGUGAAAGAAAAGUAUGCAAAGUACUUGCCCCACUCGGCUGGGCGAUACGCGGCGAAACGGUUCCGCAAGGCGCAAUGCCCAAUCGUUGAGCGACUCACCAACUCGCUCAUGAUGCACGGACGAAAUAGCGGUAAAAAAUUGAUGACCGUUAGAAUUGUUAAACAUGCCUUCGAAAUAAUCCACCUUCUGACGGGAGAGAACCCACUGCAAGUUCUGGUUAACGCCAUCAUUAACGGAGGACCACGUGAAGAUUCUACCCGUAUUGGACGUGCUGGAACAGUCCGAAGACAGGCCGUUGAUGUGUCUCCUUUGAGGAGAGUUAAUCAGGCAAUCUGGCUGCUCUGUACUGGAGCUCGUGAAGCUGCGUUCAGGAAUAUUAAGACGAUUGCAGAGUGUUUGGCUGAUGAGUUGAUAAACGCUGCAAAGGGAUCCUCAAAUUCAUACGCCAUCAAGAAGAAGGAUGAAUUGGAACGUGUUGCUAAAUCCAACCGUUAAUUAAUAGAUUUAUUAUAUUUUUCUCUCAUGACUUGUCUAUCAACAACUGGAAUAAAGUCACAGAAGAGUUUCUUACGUUGAAAA